AAAGCUCUAUUGUCUGAUGCUUUAAUGGUUGAAGUCUUGAAGAUGGAUGGUGGUCAGUCUUCCUUCCCAAAACCCACUCAUUCCAGUGUCCAUUCCAGUCCAAUCCAGUGGGUGCGUGAGUUACCGUGAUAUUAUUAGUUCUUUGCCUGAAAUUUCAAAUGGGUUUUGCUGUUGGAGUCCAAAUCCCAAUCCUUUUCUCCACUCCUCUUCUUUUGUUUUGUUGUUUCUGUAUUGAGCUGUAUUUGUGGUAUAAGAUAUUUCUUGGAAAAAAAGAAAGGACAAAAAAUGGGAGGAUCUAUGCUUUAAAAAGGUGAUGCUAGCUCCAGUGCGGCUAGUUGUGGUGGCGGUUCUAUAUCAACCAGAUGUGUGUGUGUGUGUGUGUGUGAGAGAGAGAGAGAGAGAGAGAGAGAGAGAGAUCAGUUUUCUCUCUUCCCAUUUCUCUGGGGCAAUCGUCAAGCUUUGUAGAUGAUUCAGUAAUGUCACAUUGGUCUAUCAGGAGACGAACAGAGUGAAAAUAGUAAAGUUAGUGAGAAGUUAAAGAGGGAAGAGAGACUGGAGGAGGAGGAAGAAACAAGCAGCAGCAAUAUCCCUACUCUUGACUUUAGGGAACUAUUCGCUACCAUUGGAGGCCUGGCAUGGAUUCUACCUUAACCUAGUGAAAACUCAGUGCUGUGGUUAGUCAUUUUUAUAUGAGUGAAGUGAACGUUUGGAUCCCUCCAUCUUAGCUCUCAGGGGAAAUUUCAAUUCUGUUAACUAGAAUGAUGGUCUCUCUCCCCAGCCAAUCACUUUGAUCUUGGGUCAUUUUUACUGCUUCGGAACCUACAAGGCACCCCACCUUGAUUGACUGCUGUGAAUUGGGAAAAUAUGGCAGUCCUACCCUCAAUUGAACCAUCUAAUGAUUCCUGCGACGACAAUGGGCUUCAAAUAAGAACUGGCACCUUAAGGACGGGUGUUGCUCACAUAAUCACCGCUGUUAUCGGUUCUGGAGUUCUAUCUCUAGCAUGGAGCGUUGCACAGUUAGGAUGGAUCGCAGGUCCACUUUCCAUGUUUUGUUUUGCCGUGGUCACCUAUGUUUCUUCUUUCCUCCUCUCAGAUUGUUACAGAUACCCUGAUCCAGUAACUGGAGCAAGACACCACUCUUACAUGGAAGCUGUUAAAACCUACCUAGGUAGAAAGCAAACUUGGAUAUGUGGCCUGCUUCAAUUUGUGAACUUGUAUGGUGUUGGUGUUGCUUAUGUAAUUACCACUUCAACCAGUAUGAGAGCUAUUCAGAGAUCAGAUUGUUUCCACAAAGAAGGACACCGGGCUCCAUGUGCAUAUGGAGAUAACUUUUAUAUGCUUCUGUUUGGAGCAAUUCAGAUUGCCUGUUCUCAGAUACCUGAUUUCCAUAACAUGGAAUUGCUCUCCAUUCUUGCUGCAGUCAUGUCCUUCUCCUACUCUUCCAUUGGAUUUGGCCUCGGCUUUGCCAAAGUAAUAGGAAACGGAAUGGUUAAGGGGAGCAUCUCUGGAGUGCACACAUCUACAACUCCUCAAAAAGUAUGGAAAGUCACUCAAGCACUUGGAGACAUUGCUUUUGCAUACCCAUACUCCAUAAUUCUUAUCGAGAUACAGGACACAUUGAAGUCUCCUCCAGCUGAGAACCGGACAAUUAAGAAAGCAUCAAUGAUUGCGGUUCUCAUUACAACCUUCUUCUAUCUCUGUUGCGGAUGUUUUGGGUAUGCUGCCUUUGGGGACCAGACACCUGGGAACCUCUUAACGGGUUUUGGAUUCUAUGAGCCAUAUUGGCUAGUUGACUUUGCUAAUGCUUGCAUAAUUCUUCAUCUGGUAGGAGGAUAUCAGGUAUAUAGUCAGCCAGUGUUUGCAGUUGUUGAAAGGUGGUGUGCAGAGAAGUUUCCCAACAAUGGGUUUGUGAAUAGUUUUUACACCCUCAGAUUCUCAUUGUUGCCGGUUGUCAGGAUUAAUCUUCUUAGGUUGUGCUUUAGAACCUGCUAUGUUCUAUCGACAACAGGAAUUGCGAUUGCUUUCCCCUACUUCAACCAAGUUUUGGGUGUGUUGGGUGCCCUGAACUUUUGGCCCUUGACCAUCUAUUUCCCUGUGGAGAUGUAUUUCAUUCAGAAGAAGAUACAACCUUGGACAAGAAGGUGGAUCGUUUUUCAGUCUUUCAGUUUUGUCUGCUUGAUUGUGACUCUGGUGACUUUAGUCGGGUCAGUUGAAGGAAUCAUAAGUGCAAAGUUAGGUUAGGAAACCACUGGCACUUCUGAUCAUGUAGAAAGGUGGCUAUUUGAAUUUCAGUGAAUGCUUUUAUUUGUAAUUACAGAUUUAAAGAUAUAAGAAUAAGGUUAUCUUUGUUUC